AUGAACUUAAACUUUACAACUGAUCUUAGAAAUCAAUUCACAGCAAGGAAUUAUAAUCUCCAUUUUGCACAAAAAAAUGAUGAAUUAAUUCACAUUUUAAAUUGUGAAAUAUUUAUGCAGAAAAGAUUAUCAUCGAAUAAUAUUUUGACAAUACCAAAAUAUUUUGCAGUUUUUGCAGUGAUGAUGUUGACAAAUGAAAGCGAGAAUAAAUACUUCAACGUUUGCUUGCUUCAAUUUACAUUCAAGUAUUUUAAACGAGCAUUUACUUCGACAGUAUCAAGAGAUUUCUGA